ACCAUAAUGCUGAUGUGGCCCUCGGUGAAAAUGAGUUUGACAUCCCUGGUUUAGAUGUAUUUGGGCCAUAAAGGGUGACAGCACGUCGCACCAGGGGUGGACUAGCAAGCAGUAAGCGCUGGGCUGUGUUGUUCACAUGUAUGGGCACCAGGGCUAUACACAUCGAAGUCAUUGAGUCGAUGGAUUCCUCAAGCUUCCUAAAUGCUCUGCGACGGUUCUUUUCCAUCGGAGGACCAGUCAAACAAAUCAGGUCCGACUGUGGUACCAAUUUCAUCGGGGCUUGCAGAGAGCUGAAGAUGGAGGCCGUUCAGAGCAACAAGGAGGUCCAAGAGUACCUGAACCACAAAGGGUGUACUUGGGUCUUCAAUCCACCGCACUCGUCUCAUAUGGGAGGCAGCUGGGAAAGAAUGAUUGGCAUCACCAGGUGCAUCCUGGAUUCCAUGAUGCUGAAGGUGGGCUCAUCCAAGCUUACUCACGAAGUCUUGACUACGUUCAUGGCGGAAGUCUCAGCCUUCGUGAAUGCUCGUCCAUUGGUUCCUGUGUCGACGGAUCCAGACUCCCCCUUCAUUUUGAUGCCAGCGACACUCCUCACCCAAAAGGUUGCUGUAGUUCUUCCUCCCCAAGGUGAAUUCGACGAUAAAGACCUCUUCAAACGGCAGUGGAGGCAGGUUCAAAGCCUUGCCAACACCUUCUGGCACCGCUGGAGGACGGAGUAUCUUCCUACCCUGCAGAGCCGUAGGAAGUGGCAGACAGAGAAGCCCAACCUCAAGGAGGGAGACAUUGUGACGCUGAAAGACAGUCAACUGAAAAGGAACGACUGGCCCAUGGGCAUCAUCAUGAAGACCUUUCCCGGCAGGGAUGGGAAAGUGAGAAAGGUUGAUGUCAAGACAGCAAGAGAAGCGUCAUGCAAUAUCUUUCUGUGUCCAGUUUCGGAGACUGUCCUACUACUCCUCUCUCCAGAGACUGAUAAGUGACUAAGUUAUAAUGCUAAUGUUGGCAUCUUUACAGAUACCAGACUGGGAGGGUUCUGGCCCCUGUGGUUGGUUUGGGUUAAUAUAUUUUUGUUAAUUCCAUUUGGCCACUAUGUGGCUCUGUUUCUGAAAAGGUCUGUUGUUUGCUCAAGUUUACGACCUGUAAAGAAGAAUCCUAGUUAGCAAAGAAAAUUGUGACAGACACUUUGUGAAGCAGAUCAGAAAUAUCAAACACCAUCCUUCAUGUAAUUAUUUGGUAAAAGCAUUGUCUGUAAGUAAAAUUACUCAGAAUAUACUUACCUUUCAAUUUGUGAUGAUGUUUUAUAUGGGUUAUCGUUUACGUGAUAUAUUUAUGUAUUUUCUUGAUUGUCCUUUGUAACUGUAAAUCAUGGCUGUUUUCCUUAUUCAUUUCAGUUUUACACAUUUCCUAACACUGUAACGGGUGACAAUAAAUCAUUCAAUUCUACGGUGACUGGAAGGACUUUAGCUAUCUGUUAAGCUUAAGAAAGGGGACUCUUUUGCGAGGGCAGAAUACUUCACAACCACAAAACGUUCUCUUGUUUCAUUUCACAACCUUCCAUGAUCCUCUUUAAACCAAUCUUUUAUGUAACUUUCUAAUCAUUUCCUCAUAAUAUUUCACAUACAUUUCUUCAAACCAAAAUAAAACAUUUGUGAAAAACACAGCUUCAAAAUAACCCAAACUGGAAAAAUGCCAUCAAUUGUUUCCAUGUCAAUGGAUAUUUGAUGUGCAAGUGGUUAUUAAAAUCUGAUAAUAAAGUUACAAUUUCAAACGAAAUCAACUAAACAAAACAAAU